UUAACAAGCGUCCAUGACAGAGGCGGCGGAGAGGCACCGACUGUAAACACCGCGACGGUUCAUGAAGAGCGUGUAGGUCAGCAGGAGAGAGUCACCGGGCCACAGAAGAAGCCGAACAGCCGACAAGAGAGAAACACAGCCGUCAGAAAGCAAAACCGUAGAGCGGGACGCGUUAGCAGCUAGCCGGUGCUAGCAAACGUUUAAGCUAACGGAAAGUGUCCGGUAGAUUAUACAGCCAGAGGCGGUUAUUGCCCGGUGACCCACGAAAUAAACGGUUUUAAAAAAAAAUAAAAUAAAACUACGUUUACAGGAGCCUCUGGUGUCGUUAGAUAAUAACGUCAGAUACAUAAUAAAAGUCCCUGAGCUCGGUGACGGUGCAGAGCGGUGAUGGACUUCGUUGCAGGAUGCAUCGGAGGUGCUGCUGGAGUCUUGGUUGGACACCCAUUUGACACAGUCAAGGUGCGACUGCAGGUUCAGAGUGUGGACAAGCCUCUGUACCGUGGGACCUUCCACUGCUUCCAGUCCAUCAUACGACAGGAGUCGGUGUUUGGUUUGUAUAAAGGCAUUGGAUCCCCCAUGAUGGGCCUAACGUUCAUCAAUGCCAUAGUGUUUGGUGUCCAGGGAAACACCAUGCGGCUGCUGGGACACGACACCCCCACGAACCAGUUCCUGGCUGGUGCAGCAGCUGGUGCCAUCCAGUGUGUCAUCUGCUGCCCCAUGGAGCUGGCCAAGACCCGCAUGCAAAUGCAGGGCACAGGAGAGAAGAAGUCUUCUAGGAAGAUGUAUAAGAGCUCCUUGGACUGCCUGGCACGCAUCUACAACCGGGAGGGUGUGUGGGGUGUCAACAGAGGCAUGGUUACUACGCUGAUCCGUGAGACGCCUGGCUUCGGAGUCUAUUUCCUGGCUUAUGAUGUGCUGACGCGCAGCCUUGGCUGCGAGCCCGACGACCGCUACAUGAUCCCCAAACUGCUGUUUGCCGGAGGCAUGGCUGGUAUCGCCUCAUGGCUCUCCACCUAUCCUGUAGAUGUGAUCAAAUCACGCCUCCAGGCAGACGGGGUUGGUGGAGUGAACCAGUACAGCAGCAUUGCUGACUGCGUGAGGCAGAGCGUCCAGAGGGAGGGCUACAUGGUGUUCACACGAGGCCUCACCUCCACGCUGCUGCGAGCUUUCCCCGUGAACGCCGCCACGUUCGCCACCGUCACCCUGGUCCUCUUGUACGCCCGGGGGGUGGAGGAGGGGCCCAAUGACUGCGAGCCGGCCCAGCCGAGCCACCACCCCCAGAUCCAGCAGCAGGCCCAGCCCUCCAGCCUGUGACGGCGCCGAGGCCUCCCCCAGACCGGGCACUUUACCAGAACACGGAGAGACGAGGAUACAGACGGACCUGUUACUAGUGUCUGACUCGGCUUCACAGCAGACCAGCCAUUCCCAGCUUCGAGUCAGAUCACCUGGUUUAUACAAGCACUCGUUUUUACUUUCAUGUCAAAAAGGAAAAAGAAGGAAAAACAUAUUUAUUUUUAGCAAUAAUUUAAGUUUCGUUUGCUCCUGAAGAUGCAGACUUUUAAAAGGGAUGAAUUUACCUCUGAUGAGAUGUGUGACGGCUCUGAGCAGCAGCUUUUAUCCUGAGGAAGGUCUGAUGGAAGAUGUCGACGUGUCGCUGAGCCACACAGCCGUCGGUGUGGCUGAGUGUCCAGAGUCACUGGAAACCAUCUGUUACAAACGUCUGGAACUGUGCAGCGUCUACCUGCAUCUGUAUAUACAACAGAUUUUAUGCUUUUUGUUUUUCUUUUUUAAAUGUACACUGGAAACCUUUUCCUGCCUUAUAAUACGGUACUUUUAUGUUGUCAAAGAACGCACGUUUGUACCUGAGCUGUUUCCUCUGGAGAGUCGACAGAGAACCAAUGUAGCCGUGAUAAGUGCGCUCAGCUUAUCGCUCCCGUCUGCUUACAAACCAAAAACCGCUGCAGCUGUCAUCUGAUCAUCACUGAAGCACUCGUCGUCGUCGCCGCUCUCCUCUGUCGACAGAACCCGGGUGGUCUGAAGGGCUCCUCGGGGGCUUGAAUGAAAAGUGUGUGUGUGUGAGUCAGGACUUACGGAUGCGUUUAGUUUCAUUGUCUUGUUCUGCGUGUUGUGUUCUACCAAACAAUGUGAAGUUUUAUUGCUACUGUAUUGAAGGUCCAGGAGUGGAACGUCGUCGGUGUCCCAACGUUUUAUCUCGUUUUAUUUUUGUGUAUUUACGUCAUGGAUUUUUAAAAACAUAUCCCUGCGUGGUUAGUUAUAGCGCCUUCAGCUUCCACCGUCUCGCCCACGUAUCAGACGUCAGCCUGUAUUGCGACAUCGUCUGUCUGAAGCUAGUUUUUACGUGUGUGAGACGUCGUGACGUUUGAGGAUCGUGGGUCAGAUCGGCCUGAACAGCGUGUUGGCUUGCAAACUGCAACACGGCUCCAUGUCUUGGACUUACUAGAUCCUGUUGUGGCCGGUUCUAUAGAAAUGUGACGUGGUACCAAGUACCAGCCAGUCCCUUACAUGUGUGCAUGAUGUUCAGAGUCCUGAAUGCAUGCUCAGUGCACCUUGGAAAGCUCUACAGAUGAUGAACAUUGAGAGGCCAGCGGUAUUAAGGACAGUCCUCGUUUCAUUCACUCCGUGCGUAUUUAGCAUAUUAAUAUGUUGCUGCAGCAGCACGCGUCCCUCGGGGGGCGCUCUAAGACGAUUUGCUGCAGUUUGAGAUCAUCUCUGAAGUGCAUUCUGUUUGCGAGGAAAUCACGUUUGUAUUGAGAAGCACGAGGAUCUUCUGGUGUUUUGAGAAAACGCCGACUGAUUCAAAUGAAACGGUUUAAACAUGUUAAACAAUCAGCAUCCAAAUGCUCGAGAGGAGUCUUGAACUACUCGUUAAAGGAGCUAAAUGUGACGAGCUCAUUGCACAGGAUUGGGUUUUUGCUUGCGCUGUGUGCCUGCUGUGGAGUUUGAAGGUCACGUUGUUCUGACCAGUGUUGGAGAGCAGCUGGUACACGGUACCUCCACUGGACUGGGCCUUUCAUUAGACUUCUUUAUUCUGUUACUAGCUCAGUGGCGUAAACGUGUUGUUGAUGACUGUCUGCUUCCUGCGUGUGAGCUCAGCAUCACAAGACUUCUUGUUUGCAUUUAAACCUGAAUGUUGCUGUGAAUCAGGAUAAUGUGAUUUCCCGUCAUCGAGCACUGAAACGUGAGCACAGCAGACGAUCUGCUGCCCUCCAGGCUUCUCCGUCUGAAGCCCUAAAACCAGUAAUAAAUCAAAGCGCUGCUGUCAUUUUGUGUGUGAUCUAUGAAAAUGCUGCUGAGCGGGAAGUCGCAGCUGCACUAAAACCCGAAGUUUGUUGAAUGUAACGCACCUGCACAGGUGUUGUGUGUCCGACACUCAGAAGAGGUGGAGGACAGAAUGAUUUGUGGGGAUUGUGUUUAAGUUUCAGAACUUUUUAAAGUGUUCAGUUCUGCUGGAGAACUUGGACGACGUCCAGGUGGUGCUGCUGUAGGACUGUGGGGGGAAGAGGGUCGAUGAAAGUGUUUAACUUAAAUCCCACCUCUGUCAUAUGAACUAGAUCAACCUGAAAGCCACCGACGGAGAACAUUUACUCCAGCUGACGUGAAAGAUGCAAUAUGUACAGGAUGUGAUAACGUGAGCUUGUUUUUGAAGUGGUCAGUAUCGUAUGCUGUAUAUUUAUAGACAUAUCAUCUAUUUUUCAUUCUAAAGUAUUUACGUAGUUUGGUUCCAUGAAUGUCUGACUUUAGCCAGUUUUCAAAGUCUCUUUUUUUUGUUUUUUUUGUUUGUUUGGUUUUGUUUUUUUUGUUUUUUUUUCAAUCUGCUUGAGCUGGCCGUUGUGCUGGAGAAGUUUUACCGGCGACAUGUUUUUGUGUCAUGCGGAGCCUGUUUGUGGCGACAGAUCUGUACUGAUGGGUCAAUAAAAACAACUCAAGCAGC